AUGGCCUCAGGUCUUCAUUUCAUUGGGCUCCUCUGUUUGACCAGUGGGCUGUGGAUUGGAGAAAAAAUGGUCUCAGAUCUUCAUUUCAUUGGGCUCCUCUGUUUGACCAGUGGGCUGUGGAUUGGCGCAAAUGCGCAAAGUCUUAAAGGUCCUGGCUCUGGGACCUGCCCUUCUGGUUGGACUACUUCUGGCCGUCGCUGUUUCCUGUUCCAGUUGAGUGAAAAGGACUGGGCUGAUGCAGAGUACUUCUGCACUUCUCUUGGUGGAAAUCUGGCCUCUCUUCAAACUCCUGACGAUUACGCCUUCAUCAGAGAUCUGAUUUUAAGAGCGACUAACUCACAAAAAGCAAGUUGGGUUGGAGGCUAUGAUGAAGUGAAGAAUGGUGUGUGGCUCUGGAGUGAUGGUUCAAAGUUUGUCUUCAAUAACUGGGGUAAAGGAGAGCCCAACAACAGUGGUGGAGGGGAAGGUUGUAUGGAGAUGAACUUUAGAGGACAAGAUUAUGUCAACGAUGAAAAGUGUAAUCAGAGGAGAUCUUUCGUUUGCGCCAGGAACCAAUAACAAUUCCUGCCAUGUGCUGACAUGCCGACACAUCUGCCAUGAGGGUGUC